AUGGUUGAAAUAACAGAAUUGCAUGAUGAUGAGCCCAUAGAGGUAACAACCCCAGAAUCUACCAUGGAAGGUGCCCCGCAACUUCCACCAGGAAUGGCAGAGUUUACCGGAAAAUCAUCUGAGGAGAUGUUGGCAGAGUUGAAGAAAAGUCCAUUUUUCAUGGAUAGUUAUGAUGCAAACGGAGAUCAUGGUGACAAUCCACAACUUGAAGCAUUGAAAUCUCUUCAGAGUGAAGGUACACCCAAAGAGAUCGCUGAGCGUCAGAAGAGUAGGGGUAAUGACUUCUAUAAGAGAAAGCAGUAUCGGGAAGCCUUGAAGUGUUAUACGGAAGGAAUUGAUGCACGCUGUGGAGUGAAGUUUAUUGAGGCUGCGUUGUAUACAAAUCGGGCUGCUUGUAAUUUAGAGUUUAAGAACUAUGCCAUGUGUAUUGGUGACUGCAGAAAGUGUCUAGAUAGACAGCCUAAAAACGUUAAGGCAUUAUUCAGGUGUUCCAAGGCUAUGUUUGCCAUUGAGAGGUACGAGGAUGCCGAAAAAACAUUGCUGUAUGCAGUCUCUAUUGAUGAUGAGAAUGUAGCUGUUAACGCAAUGCUCAAGAAGGUGAGGGCGAGAAUACAGGCUAUUAUUAAAGCUGAAGAGAGGAAAGCAAGAGCUAAGGCUGAGAAGGAGCAGAAGGAUAAGGCUUUGAAGGAGGCCCUUAGUUUGAGAGGAAUAGUAAAUCUCAGAACCAAUGAGCCAGCAGAUACCCCCGAUGGAAGUAAGCUGCAUCUUGAGGAUUCGAAGGACGUCCAAUCGCAGUUAAUUAUUCCGGCCAUGGUGCUCUAUCCGACAACAGAUGAGUUUGACUUUGUUUCUGAAGUCAGUGAAUUGACUACUCCUCUUCAAUUGGCCGAAAUUGUUAUGGAUAGACCUGAUUCAUACUUUGAAGAUGGUAAACAUACAAAUUUCAGACCGAAAAGACUUGAAGCAUAUUUGGAGACGCAGUCCGGAGGAUUGAUUAAGGUGGGGAAGAAAGUGAUCUUCAGUAAAGCAUUGAUGCAAGCUCAUGCUCCAUUAUUUGACGGUAUUCUUCGUGUUUACUUGGUUCCAAGGAUAGAUUCUACUAACUGGAUAUCCAAAUGGGAUAAGAUGAAGGCUCUUGGUAAGAGACAACAGUAA